AUGGGUGUCACUGAUGUUCUCUCUAGAAAGUCCGGCGUCAUUGUCGGCGAUGACGUUCGCAAGCUCUUUGAGUACGCACAAGCACACAAGUUUGCUAUCCCAGCCGUCAACAUUACCUCUUCUUCUACCGUCGUUGCCGUCCUCGAGGCUGCCCGCGAUGCAAAGUCCCCCGUCAUUCUCCAGGCUUCCCAAGGUGGUUCCGCCUUUUUCGCCGGUAAGGGUGUCGCAAACAAGAACCAAGAAGCUUCCGUUGCUGGUGCCGUUGCCGCUGCCCACUACAUUCGCUCCAUUGCUCCUACCUACGGCAUCCCCGUCGUUCUUCACACUGACCACUGCGCCCACAAGCUCCUCCCUUGGCUCGAUGGCAUGCUCGAGGCCGAUGAGGCUUACUUUAAGGAGCACGGCGAGCCCCUCUUCUCUUCUCACAUGAUUGAUCUCUCUGAGGAACCCCAUGAGGAAAACAUUGCCACCACUAAGAAGUACUUUGAGCGUGCUGCCAAGAUGAACCAAUGGCUCGAGAUGGAAAUCGGUAUCACUGGUGGUGAGGAAGAUGGUGUUGAUAACUCUGGUGUUGAGUCUUCUAAGCUCUACACUCAACCCAACGAGGUCUUUGCCGUCUACGAGGCUCUUUCCCCUGUUUCCCCCAACUUUUCUAUUGCCGCUGCCUUUGGCAAUGUCCACGGUGUUUACAAGCCCGGUAACGUUAAGCUCCACCCUGAGCUUCUUGGUAAGCACCAGGCUUAUGCUAAGGAGCAGCUCAAGAGCGACUCUGACAAGCCCCUGUUUUUGGUUUUCCACGGUGGUUCCGGUUCUACCAAGGAGGAGUUUGAAAUUGCCAUUAGCUACGGUGUCGUCAAGGUCAACAUUGACACUGACACUCAGUACGCCUACCUCACUGGUAUUAGAGACUUUAUUCUCAACAAGAAGGAUUACCUCCUGACUCAAGUCGGCAACCCUGAGGGAGACGAUAAGCCCAAUAAGAAGUACUUUGACCCCCGUGUUUGGGUCCGUGAAGGUGAGAAGACCAUGUCUGCUCGUGUCAAGGAGGCUCUUGAGUUUUUCAACACUGCUGGCCAGCUUUAA